AGCUAAUUUAGGUUUACAAGAUAGAGCUUCCCCUUUAAUAGAACAAUUAAUUUUUUUUCAUGAUCAUGCUUUAUUAAUUUUAGUAAUAAUUACAGUUUUAGUAGGGUAUUUAAUGUUUAUAUUAUUUUUUAAUAGAUAUAUUAACCGAUUUUUACUUCACGGGCAACUUAUUGAAAUAAUUUGAACUAUUCUACCAGCAAUUAUUUUAUUAUUUAUUGCUUUUCCUUCUCUUCGUCUUUUAUAUUUAUUAGACGAAAUUAAUGAACCUUCCGUAACUUUAAAAAGAAUUGGACAUCAAUGAUACUGAAGUUACGAAUAUUCAGAUUUUAAUGAUAUUGAAUUUGAUUCUUAUAUAAUUCCAACAAAUGAAUUAGAAAAUGACGGAUUCCGACUUCUUGAUGUUGAUAACCGAAUUAUUUUACCAAUAAAUUCUCAAAUUCGAAUUUUAGUGACAGCUGCUGAUGUAAUUCACUCAUGAACAGUACCUGCUUUAGGAGUGAAGGUGGAUGGAACACCCGGACGAUUAAAUCAAACUAAUUUUUUUAUAAACCGUCCUGGUUUAUUUUACGGACAAUGUUCAGAAAUUUGUGGAGCUAACCAUAGUUUUAUACCUAUUGUAAUUGAAAGUGUACCUGUAAAUUAUUUUAUUAAGUGAAUUUCUAGAAAUAUAAAUUCUU